UUUAAUGUCAUCAAUCUUACAUUCAAAACCACAAACAUUCUUACUUCCAAAACCAAAAGCAAAUAUGGCAAAGUCUGUUUUCAUGGUAAUGCUCGUGUCCAUAGUAAUGGUUUGUCCAAUUUUCUCCCAGGAAAUUGAUCCAUAUUCACAGGAGGUGCCAGAAGAUGUGGCCAUAUCUCCAACUUCAGAUUUCGAUAUUUACGUUGAAUCCCCCGAUGAAGCUCCAUUCGAAGAAGCUGGUUCACCCGCAAUGGAAUAUGACAUGGAGCUUGCUCACCAUUACUCGCACAAACAGCUCGAUUUUCUCCAGGCUUGCGCUGAAAAGCCGAGCGUAAAAUGCGGAGAUGAGGUUUUCAAGAACAUGUUGGAUGAGACUACGCCAAUUACAGAUGAAUGUUGUCGUGAUAUAUUGAAGAUGGGCAAAGAUUGUCAUCUCGGAUUGGUUAAAAUCAUAUUCGCCACGUAUGAAUAUAAGAAUAUUGCAUCUAAGGGUAUUCCAAAUAGUAAACAAACAUGGAAUGAUUGUGUCCGUAGAGUUGGGAGCAAGAUUGGUGCUCCGGUUUCUUUGGAGCAGUAAACUAAUGUGUCUAUGAAUUUUUGUAAUUUGACUAUUACCAUUUUAAAACAACUAUCAUUUUGUUUUUGGUAAUCAAGAAGUCAGAGCCUUACAAUAUAUUACGUUUUUACUCAUCAUUCGAAUUAAUCCAUCCAACAUAAAGUAAAAACGCAUAUGCAAAGUGAUAACUUUCAAAUAUAUCAUGAUCUCGCGUAGGUGGGUAAAAUGUUCAGAAUUCCAAAAUACAUAUUCGAUAUAAUCCGAUAUAAAAUUUAAGUUAUAUAUGGACU